AAGCAGCAUCAUCCUACCUUUAUCAUUCAGGCUUCACCGCUUAACUGUAAUGAUACGAAUCCGAAGAGACAGUCUGCUUUGUAUCUCCGGGAACUUUAAGUUUGACUUGAAAGCGUGAAGGCGGAACGAGCCGGAGAUGAUCAGCAGGGUUACAAGCGCUCAACAUCCUGCUACCUUUAUCACACCUACACAUGUUGUAAUUAUUGUACAAGCGAGUCUGUGUGCAAUAGAUUUGGCUCUGUUAUCUCCGACUUCGACGGCGAACCUCAAACUCACUUCUCUACACAAUGUCCUUGAAGGCCAGUUUCUGCAUUUCGAAUGGAUUCAGGGGCAAAAACUGCCACGUUCUCUGGCUUUCUUAUUUGUUUUAAAGAUUGACGAAGACUCGAGGCGAAAACAAUGGGACAAUACCGCAGGUGGUAUCGAGAGAUCGAAGGCGGGAUAACGAUAGGAUCCCUGCGCCCAUCGUGAUGGCAGCCGUGAUUGGCUGCAGGCCAGGGAUCUACGAGCCAAUCGCCAGACAAGGCGCUUAAGAACCCUGCCGAGGGGUGUAGGCUCUCCACUUCUAGCUGCCGC